CAUCUCUCCCCGUCGCCGUAGUUGAUUAUCCUUUCAAGAAGAUCGCCAAUAGGCCAAUAUCCAUCAAGAAAAUUAUACCUUUGUUUCUGUUUGAAGUUUGGUUAUCACAAUCAGAGGAGAAAUGCUAGCACUUUUUGACAAAUCGGUUGCCAAGAGCCCGGACGCUCUUAAUGCUCCGAACCACUCUGAGGCAGUUUCUGCACACAAAGAUGGGUUCUUGGCUAACCACUUUGCCUCGCUGCACCCUGGCUCUGUCAUUGUCAAUCUUGGCCCAUCUGGGGUUUUGGCCUACUCUCUUGACAAGCAGAACCCUCUUCUACCUAGCUAUAAGAAAGAAUGCAGCGAGGAUGCCCGAGAUGGGUCUGGUGCUUUGUAUUUAAAUGUGCAGCAGCUAUACAAUUAUGUUGUGGAUGACAUUUUCUGCUUGUUUCAAGGCCAUAUUGAGAAUGUUGCUGUUCUUAAGCAACUAUAUGGCUUAAGCAAAACUGCAAAUGAGGUGAUCAUUAUUAUUGAAGCCUACAGAACCUUAAGAGACAGAGGUCCUUAUCCUGUCGACCAGGUCAUAAGAGAUAUCCAGGGAAAAUUUGCAUUUAUUCUCUAUGACAGUACUUCACAAGUCACAUUUAUAUCUGCUGAUGCUGAUGGAAAUGUUCCUUUCUUCUGGGGAACUGAUGCUGAAGGACAUCUUGUUCUUUCAGAUGAUGCCAAUAUUGUGAAGAAGGGCUGUGGAAAGUCCUUUGCUCCAUUCCCAAAAGGGUGCUUCUUCACAUCCUCUGGAGGUUUGAGGAGCUACGAGCAUCCACUCAAUGAGUUGAAGCCAGUGCCAAGGGUGGACAGCUCAGGUCAAGUUUGUGGUGCCGAUUUCAGUGUGGAUGUUGAUGCAAAGAAGGAAUCUUCUGGAAUGAAAAAGGUUGGGAGUGCUGCAAACUGGUCCAGUAACUAUUGAGAACACAAAUGGAAUGGUGCUUGUUAUUAGUGAGCCCUCUUGUUUUUACCCACCUUUUCCCUGUUUUCAAUCCCUAACUCCUAUAACCUUGACUUUGCUGCCCUAUGGGUAUUAAACUUCAUUUAUUGUCAGUGUUUUUCAAAAUCUUACAACAUUUGAUGCGGCUGUAUAUCUUGCUUGCCACUAAAACUUAGCCAGGCAU